UUCUCAGAUCAGUCCAUUUUUGUUUCAUUUUGGUCUUUCUUUGUUUUGGGUUUACUUUGAACACACAAACCCCCAACAAAGCAACGACGUUGUUCUGACUUUCAUUGCGGAUUUUCAUGUCGCUGCAGUUGCUGCUGCUGCUGCUGAUGCGUGGCGCGACGCACUCGAGCGUGGCAAUCUCGCGUGGCUGUGGCAGAAUGGUUUCACUGCGCGGUCGGGCGAUCUGCGCUCCGGUGCACCAGCGCCACCAGCAGACUCGAGCAGUGUGCUCGUGGAUGCCCAGUCCGCUCGCUCCCGUGAGCACGACUGCUGCUGCUGCGAGUGUCGGCGGUGGUGCUCAAUCUCAGACAUUGCCGCUGCAGCCUCACUUGACAAGCAGCAGUAGCAGCAGCUCUCCGUCGCCCGCGCCUGCACAGCAACGUGACUCCAUCUAUGCCCUUGCAACAGCGCCAGGCCGAGCAGGAGUUGCUGUGGUUCGCCUCAGUGGUCGCGCCGCUGGCAUCGCGAUUGAGCGAAUGACCGGCUCAGCCCAAAAGUCUAAGACUCCGCGCCAAGCUCAUCUAUGCCGACUGGUGCAUCCAACAACAAAGGAGCACAUAGACGAUGCCAUUGUUUUGUGGUUCCCUGGCCCUCGCAGCUUUACCGGCGAAGAUGUGGCCGAGUUUCACAUUCACGGCGGACGCUCCAUCAUCGAGGCACUGUUCGAGGCGCUCAGCGAACUACCCGAUACGCGAAUGGCUGAUGCUGGCGAGUUUACCAAGCGAGCUUUCUUCAACGGCAAAAUCGAUUUGACCGAAGUGGAAGGACUGGCUGACUUGAUCAACGCUGAAACUCGUGCUCAACGCCAGCAAGCUUUGCGUCAGCUAAAUGGUGCCAUGAGUCGUACCUUUGAGGAGUGGCGAAGAACGAUUCUCAAAUCCAUGGCUCAUGUGGAAGGAAACAUUGAUUUUGCUGAAACCGAGGACAUUGAAGAGAACGUCAUGCAAUCGGCAAUUUCUGCUGUGCAAACGCUUCGGCACGAGAUUGCAGCCUCCCUCAACGACAGCCGGCGGGGUGAGCGCCUGCGCUCGGGUGUCUCAGUGGCAAUUGUUGGUGCCCCUAAUGUUGGGAAGAGCAGCUUGCUCAAUAUCAUGUCCCAGCGACCUACUGCGAUUGUGUCGGCCACAGCAGGCACGACGCGUGAUAUUUUGGAAGUGCCACUAGACAUUGGUGGAUACCCCUUGUUGCUGUGCGAUACUGCAGGAAUGCGCGACUCCGAUGAAGAAAUUGAACAAGAAGGCAUCAAACGAGCUCGUGCCAGAGCGCACGCAUGCGACUUACGCUUGUGCGUGUUUGACGCGUCAAAGUUGGAUUCUGUUGAUCCUUCGAUUUUGCAGCUCGUCCAACCAGGCAUGUCACUUCCGAUCAUUAACAAGAUUGACACAGUUGAGGCAUCUCAGCUAGUUAUCCCUCCAGAAAUCUUAGCUGCCAAGCCCGUCUUUCUCUCUUGCAAAUCUGGUGAGGGCGUUUCAGUACUGCUGGAACGGCUUACAUUGGAGCUGAAACAAAGGUGCGAGUCAGAGACGGGUGAAACGGCUCUCAUUACACAAUGGAGACACCGAACACAAUUGCAGACCUGCGUGGCACAUCUUGAUCAUUUCCUCGAGGACUUGUCGGAUGUUGCCAUCGCCGCGGAACAUUUACGUCAAGCGGUGCGAGCCCUCGGGCAGAUCACUGGUCGAGUCGAUAUUGAAGAGAUAUUGGACGUCAUUUUCAGAGAUUUCUGUAUCGGCAAGUGACGCGCUUGCUACCGACUUUCGUUGCUUGGCUCUAAAGGAGAAAUGAAUUUGCACCGUUGUUGUAUUUAAUCAAUUACGAGAGCGCUUGCAGGCAAUGCUUUUCCAGAACGA